UACACCCCCCCAGCCCCCCCCCCCGUUACCAUGGCAGCGGCUUUCGCGUCCUUUCGAGACUUGAAGGCAGGCGGCGAUCGGGUUCAGCGAGAACACCAAGAGACGCGUCAUGUCGGUCAGUAACAGGACUGGGAAGACAGCGGCUGGUUCUGGGCUAUGGAACUACGCCAGGCACCCCCAGUACAGCAGAGAGACACAGGAGCUGAUGAAACUGAUGAUGCAGGAAUCCAGACUGACCAGCUUUCAGCAGAGACAGCUCCACGACAGGAUGAAAAAGGGGGACAGCCUCCCCUUGAAGUGUAACCCCACCUCCAGCGAUGACCAGAAGGCCCCACCCCCUGCCCGUGCACCAAUCAAAGCCCUCGGAGUGUCUGGCAAACCCCAGCUGCGCAGUGCCGCACUGUGCCGUUCCGGAAACGCCUACGAGAGAGAGACGUUCCGCCCCAGACCCGUUCGAGACCAGGAGAAAGAGAAGAUGCGCUUACAGAAUCUACUGGCAACGGGACAGGACGCCCCCGAAAACAAACCCCAAAAACGCAGCGCCCCGGCAGAGCCAGAGCCGGAGAGAGACCGCUUCCAGGAGGUGCUGGAUGAGAUCAGCGAGAGGCAGCAGUUCCUGGAGGAGAUGGCAGCUCUGGGGAGAGGGAGGCAGUAUGAAGCCCUCAUCAACACUGAGAUCUCACAGAAAAUCAGGGAGCUGGAGAUUAUCGAUAAAGAGAGGAACUCGGAGCUGAGGAAGAUGACGGAGAGAGAACAGGAAGCAGCAGCAGAAAGGAAGCGACUUGAACGUGCAGCUUUCCCUGUGAACGGUCCUGCGCUCCACUGAGUGCACAAAGAGCAAACUUCAGUGCACUGUGCUGUAGUGACUGUGCAGGGUGUGGUCUGGCUCCACUGCGACGUACUGAACUCUCUCCAUUCCAGUUACUCUGCGCAUUUGUAAAACAGCCUUUGCAGCUCCAGAGGGUUUCCUUUGACCAACUUGACGAGUAACAUCGAUUCUUUCUCUGUUGUUCUUGGAAACCUGUUUUAACUCUUUACUGCCCUGGCUAUGGUCCCACCUAUUUAAUGCCUACAGCUGUGGACAAAAGCUGCUGAAUAAUGUUCCCUUGUUAACAUAUUGAAUUGCACCCCCUCUAUAUAGAAUG